ACUCGGUUCAUAUACUAUAUAUUAACGUCACAAGUUUUUCUCCCGAGCGAACACAAAAAAUGCAGGUGAGAUUUGAACUCAGAAUCAGAUAGCAUAAUCGAGUAGCAUUGUCCUUGAAAGCUUAUAUUGAUCCAUCAUUGUGAAUUUAUACCAGAUUUUUCAGUGGCUCUUUAAGGGAGCUGAUGAACAAGGAGUUCAAAAUACCACUAGUAAAGAUGAAGAAUAUGAACCCAAAGAUAUAAUUUCUUAUAAGAAUAAUAAUAGAACAUCAAAGAGUAAGAAGUUUAAGCCAGUUAUAUUUCCGUGUACUAAAGACAUUACAAAGGCUUGCUUUUACAGUACUAUCUACUUGAGAAAAGUCGACAGCUCUCGUACGAGUACGACACAUCACCACCACCACCAUAACCAACAACAACCUCAUUCCCAAACCAUAAUGAAGAUGAAGAAAGGAGGAUUCAUCGUUGCUAAUCACAAAUCAGAUUCGAGCAAAGUUUCACCACUGAGUGAAGCUCAAGUUGCAAUAUCAUCGACAAACGAUCAUCAUCAAUGUGGUAGCAGUAAUGAAAAGAAAGACAAAAAGUCCAAAACCAUGUCCCGUAUGAAGGAGUUGUUGAGAUGGGCUGCUUCGGCCAAAUCGGAGAAAGGAGCAAAGUUGAACAAAAAGGUUGAUGGUCGACGACUUAGUAUGAGUGAGUCUCCGAAGAUUAGUUUGAGAUUGGACGUGGAGAGAUGCUCCACUAUUUCUUCUGUCAUUUCUGGGGUUUCCAUGGCUUCUUCGACAAACGAUGAAGCCUCCUGCAGCGUGGUUUCAUUGAAUUCGACUGUUAUACAUGGCUUGAAUCGUUGCUCCAGCAGGAGAGGGAAUUGGAUAACUACAGACUCUGAAUGUAAGGCUCUACUCAUACGGAUUUUUCAUACGGAUUUUGAAUUAAACACUAUAAAUCGAUAA